AUGCCGCGCAGCACAUUACCCCGAAGAGGCAGAGGCCGCCGUGAGAUUACCGGGAAAAGGAAGGAUGGAGAGAAGGAAGAGGAAAUUCCCGAAGUCUACCGCGAGUUGCUCGCAGAAGCAGAUGCGCGCGCUUCAAAAGAACCGCAGCACGGCAGCAGCCCUGUGAAGCGUCGAAAAGUAGGUGAAAGACUCUUUGCUACGCAAAUUACUGAGCCAAAUACCGAAGUUCAAGCUACUUCGGACUCGAAUAACGUCCUCGAAUCAACACAAGAGCAACCCAUCUAUGACCUCGAUGCCGACGAUGGGUCCGAAGAUGAUUCAGACAUGGAGUGGGAGGAAGUUCUUAUACAGCAGCCAGAGAGAAGUAUUCAGGAACGAACUGCGGUUACAGGCGAUGAGUCUUUGGAUAUUACUCUGAAAAAGCCUUCCAACCAACGGAGGACGAUUGUGAGAAGACGUAAACCCGUCUCCGGCGCAGAGAAAAAACUUCGUUUGGAUAUCCAUAAGAAUCAUGUCCUUUGCUUGUUAGGUCACGUAUACAUACGCAAUUUGUGGUGUAAUGACGAUGAAGUGCAAAAGUUUUUGAAAAGAAUGUUAACAAAGCAAACCAUCGCUCUUUUGAACCCCAAAGAAUCCAUGCAUCAGUUUUCUCGAUCAACUACGUUUAUUGAUGGCCUUAAGCAGGCAAGCGAGAUAUUCUCUCGAAGAUUUAGAAUCACGGCACCGGGCCUGAGAAGGCCGCACUGGACAGAAAAUGAGCAGGAGUGCAGAGAUAGAGCAACAUCAAUCAUGCGUGAAGGGGAGACUAUCACCUCCAAGGAAGAAUUCCGCCAGCAAGUAAAGAGACUAGAAGGUUCCCGAGAUUUUGGUGCUCAAUUAUUCUGCUCUUUGCUUCGAUCCGCAGCGGUAGAGGCGAGACUGGUAUGCUCUCUCCAAGCACUGCCGUUCUCCGGAGUUGCGAAGGGAACGAGCCCCGAAAAGCCCAAACGAGAAUAUAUAGUCAUAUCAUCGGAUGACAAUACCAGCUCCAGUGAUGACAAAGGCGUUGGAUAUAUAGAAAGUUCACCUGCGAAGGGACGAAGAAUUGGGCAGCCCUACUUUAAGACGCCCGCGAACUCGCCAUCUUCACCUUUCGAACGUCAACGUCAUUUUUUCACUUCCCCAUAUCCGGUAUACUGGGUCGAGGCCUUCAAUGAGGCUGUUCAAAAGUGGAUUCCUGUGGAUCCCUUAAUCACAAAGUCCGUGGCGAAGCCGUCCAAAUUUGAGCCUCCAGCGAGCGAUAGAUAUAACAGCAUGUCCUACGUGGUGGCUUUUGAAGAAGACGCUUCUGCGCGGGAUGUCACAAAGCGAUAUGCUAAGGCUUACAACGCAAAGUUGCGCAAAACGCGCGUAGAAAGUACAAAGGAUGGUGAGCAAUGGUGGGCCAACGUGAUGCAUUUUUUCGAGAAGCCCUUUCUGGAAGACCGAGACCAGUUGGAGACAAGCGAGUUCACGGCUAAAUCGGCAGCUGAGCCAAUGCCUAGAAACAUACAAGACUUUAAGGGUCAUCCUAUAUAUGUGUUGGAAAGGCACCUUCGACGGAACGAAGUUAUUCACCCAAAAAGAGUAAUUGGCAAGGUCGAAGUGAAGAAAGGAUCCUUGGAACCGGUCUAUCGUCGAGCAGACGUACACUUGGUAAGAAGCGCCGACGGCUGGUAUCGACUUGGACGAGAUAUCAAAGUAGGCGAGCAGCCCCUCAAACGUGCUGCAUCUGUGAAUCAAAGAGAUGAUGCCGAAAACCAACUGGAAGACCUGCACGGCUCGGAGAUGCCAUUGUACGCAUUUCAUCAGACUGAGCCAUACAAGCCGCCACCAGUGGUCAAUGGCAAGGUCCCAAAGAAUGCCUAUGGUAAUCUCGACGUGUAUGUCCCUAGUAUGAUUCCCCCCGGAGGGUUCCAUCUCAAACACCCCGAAGCAUCGAGAGCGGCUCGGAUCCUUGGCAUUGACUACGCUGCUGCUGUGACGGGAUUUGAAUUCAAAGGUCGUCAUGGAACUGCAAUUUUUAGCGGUGUAGUAUCGGCUCUUGAGCACCGAGAAGCUCUAGAGGAGGUCAUCAAAUGCAUCGAGGACGAGAGAAUUCAAGAUGAGCUUGACCGAAGAGUUGAGGAAUCACUACGGCUUUGGAAGCAUUUCCUGUUGAGACUACGAAUUGCAGAGAAAGUGAACAGCUAUGCAUUUGAAGGCGAGGAUCCCCAAGUUUCAGAGAACGAACAUCUCAGCAAUACAGCCUCAGAUGACAUGGACUUUGCAGAAGCGGGCGGGUUUUUACCUGAGAAUGAUGAUAAUGUCAUCGAGCCCACUGGCAAAUUUGGUGGUAUUGGCGAAAAUUUAGAAGCUAGCACAGGCGGCGGAUCUUUAACAGGUGAAGAGCCGUUUGAUAAGCCCAUGUCUGUACCAGAACACCAAUCCGCCGAGAAUCCUGGCGACGCACAGCAAGACAUGUCCACAAUACGUAAUAUGCCACCUAUUGGGAGAUCGACGAGAAGGGUACCACACUAUAAAUUAAUCGUUAUGCCCAAAGCUGCAAGCUCUACAAAGGCAGCUGGUCCAUCAGAAGACCAGUCCAAAGCAAGCGAUGUUUUCCCACACGAAGAGAAUAUCUGUAGCAACAACCGCGAUUUCCAAUCUGCAGGAUUUUCAAAAGCCGACCCCAUUCAAGUUGAUUCGUCGAGCGGUCAUACGUCUACCUCUGCGAGCGUGGUAGCCACGUCACUAGGGCCUGCUGAUGUUGCGUCUUCCCCUUCUGUAGACCCGAAGCAAAGUGACUCUGAUCCUGACCUGGAAACACGAUCUAUGUUGUCUCAUGAUCCGGAGGACGAGGAUGCGGAACCUGACUGGCUUAUGUCAGAUUAG